CACAUCAAAGAUGGCGACGUGAUAUCUGUCUCUGCUGUGAUGCGUUAGCCGAGCGCCGGAAGUGCUCGGAGAGAAAGCCGUCUGGCUGUGUAAGACGCGGGCGGUGGGAUUCCGUUUCUCAGGACGCGUUUGCCCGGGUUGGAGGGGCAGGAGCCCUCGGGGUAUUGUGUGACGUGCUGCCCUGUCUGUGUGCCCAGGAACCGCUGCGGCUUAGAGGAUGACCACUGCAGCCAGGCCCACGUUUGAGCCUGCCAGAGGCGGCCGAGGGAAAGGAGAGGGGGACCUCAGCCAGCUUUCCAAGCAGUAUUCCAGCAGAGACCUCCCGUCACAUACAAAGAUCAAGUACAGGCAAGCCACCCAGGAUGCCCCAGAGGAGGUGAGAAGCCGGGACUUCAGGAGGGAGCUGGAAGAGAGAGAACGCGUCACUGUGCGAGAGAAAACCAGAGACAGACCUCCAAGAGAACACGCAUCAUCCGUGUCCAAGAAGCCACGACUAGACCAGAUUCCAGCAGCAAAUCUUGAUGCCGAUGAUCCACUCACUGAUGAAGAUGAGGCCAACUCAGAUGAUGACAGUGAUGAUGAUACGGCCGCCCUGCUGGCCGAACUAGAGAAAAUCAAGAAAGAGCGGGCAGAGGAGCAGGCCCGGAAGGAGCUCGAGCAGAAAGCUGAAGAGGAGAGGAUUCGAAUGGAGAAUAUUUUAAGUGGUAAUCCCCUGCUCAACCUGACCGGCCCUGUGCAGCCCCUAGCAAGCUUCAAAGUGAAACGGAGGUGGGAUGAUGACGUGGUGUUUAAGAAUUGCGCCAAAGGGGUCGAUGAAAUGAAAAAAGACAAGCGUUUUGUGAAUGACACGCUGCGCUCCGAGUUCCACAAGAAGUUCAUGGAGAAGUACAUCAAGUAGUACAGUUUUAUGUGCUCCCCUGGGAAAGCUGGGAUUUAUUUUAUUGGUAAACUCCUCGAGCGUGGACAUUAUCUCGUUAUGGAAGUGCUCUGGGAUCUCUGGCAGCCAAUUAAGUGCUCGCAGAAUGUUCUGUAGCCCCCCACCGACCAUGCACGUUAUGAGGUUCUAUGUGAAUAAACAUCCAUUGUUUUCUA